AUGUCCCCAGACAACCGUGGCGCCUCCGGCCAGGCUCCGGAGGGUACACCGUCUUCACGCGCUCGGGAUUUUUUCUCCGUUCCUGCGCCGAUUAAGCGCAUCUUCGACCAAUUCCCUCUUGUGACCUACCCUUCAAAUGACCUUCCUCACCAUUCCGGGACAGCCCGACGCGGCAACCGUUUGUUUGUCUUCACAGAUGCCGCGAGCGCCAGACGAGGGAGGCCGUCGUUCAACCCGCAAUGUCUCAAGUGGCAGGCAUACUUGAGAUUUGUAGGAAUUGAUCUAGAAAUCGUCCCCUCGAACAACCACGCUUCUCCAACCGGCGCACUUCCCUUCCUUCUCCCCGCGCUGCCAGCCGGCACUACUGCGCCAAUUCCCUCGAGCAAACUACAGAAAUGGGCCAUUGAACAGGUCCACUGUGAGGAAGAGCAGCAAUUGGAUGUGCGCUUUGAGGUGUAUGCCUCAUUACUGGAUCACCGGAUACGAAAUGCCUGGCUAUACAUGCUAUACCUGGAUCCGAAGAACUUUGAAGCAGUAGCGCGGAGACUAUACGUGGAUCCGUCGACCAGCAAUUGUGCAGUUCGCGCCGCUCUGGCCAUGCAGCUCCAGCACGCUGCGCGUGACGAGCUGCUGAAGACCUCGGCUUAUGUGGAUGUCAUCGCAUUGGAGGCCGAUGCUGCGGACGCAUUUGAGGCGCUUUCGACACUACUAGGAGACAACGAGCAUUUUUUCAAUCGGCCAAAUCCCGGGCUGUUUGACGCAAGUAUUUUCGCGUAUACUCAUCUGAUAUUGGAUGAAGGGAUGGGCUGGAAGCAGAAUCGACUGGGGGAGCUGCUGCGACAGCAUGAGAAUCUUGUACAACAUCGCGACAGACUGCUAAGAUUUUUUUAG